UGAUCUGCGUGCGCGCGAGCCGCGUGUCUGUAUGUGUUUCGGUCCCGCUUGGCCGCUCGGGAUGAUCUGUCCUGGGAGUCUUCGCCGUCGCAACAACUUGACUCCUUCCGCCUCCUCUUCUUUUCCUGUGCAAGCUCCUCGCCUCCUCCUCAAUUCUCCGCUUGCCGGUCCAGGAAUGUUGAUCAGCGUGGCCUGAACCGGCGCUCCGGUGUCUUCACCUCCACACGACUGUGCGUGUCCGCAAGGGUCGUAGCCUAAGUUCAGUUAGGUUGCGGUGCCAUCCCUCUGCGCAAGGCGGCAGCUCAAUUUGUGGUUUGCGCUCACCCCCUUCACACCAGGCCUUCUAUUUCAACAGUCCAGUGAUGUAGCAGCCAGCAUGAACCCCCCCCCCCCCCCUUUCUGUGCUUUCUGCGGACUUGUGGUGUAAGAUGUGACUACAAUGUCAGGGAAAGCCUCCUAGAACAUUGAUUUGGGGUGAAUCAGAGACACUUCAAAUUGUGGCAGGUCCGUCUUUCAGCAGAACUGAUCCAACUAAGUGGCUUAUAGAAAAUAAUUGAACUCAAAAGCAUGGCUGUGGCUGGAUGUCCCGACUAUUUCCUGCAUCAUCCUAAUUAUCAGCAGGACAAUAGAGAUCGAUCCACCAAUCACAGACAAGCGAACCUCAUUGGGCCGGGCUUCCAGCAAUCAACCGACCACAAUUCGCCAAACCAUCAAGAGGAUGAUCUUGAUUUAGAAGCCCUGGUGAAUGACAUGAAUUCUUCCCUGGAGAGCUUAUACUCCACCUCCAGUGCCCAGCAAACAGAGUCUACAUCGCUACUUCAAAACGGACAGACCUCAACUUCUUCCCAGCAACCCCACAACCACCAUCGCCCUAACACGCACCACGCGCAACUACAGCAGGGCCAUCAUUUGCUAAGCCAUUCCUCACACGAACCACCCUCCUCCGCGUCCAUUGAUCUACCGCAAGCAAGCCUAUGCCGAUCACAACCCAUGCACAUCCUGGCUGUACGGAGGUUGCGUGAAGAACAGCAACAACUGAGGACAUCCUCUCUCCCUGCCAUCCCCAAUCCCUUCCCUGAGCUCUGCAGUCCGGCCAGUUCACCUGUCCUCAGUCCUGGGUCGCUUCCUCCCAGAGAACCUUCCACCGGCAUAUAUAUUGUCAAGAUCUCCACUGAAGACGGCAUGGGCAAAGUGGUGGAGAUCCCAGCUGACAUGACAGCCAGGGACCUUUGCCAGCUCCUGGUUUAUAAAAGCCAUUGUGUAGACGACAACAGUUGGGCGCUUGUUGAGCACCACCCGCUGCUGGGGCUAGAGCGCUGUCUGGAGGACCACGAGUUGGUGGUUCAGGUCCAAGCUUCCAUGAGCAGCGACGGGAGAUUCCUCUUUAGGAAGAACUAUGCCAAAUAUGAAUUCUUCAGAACUCCCCAGACAUUUUUCCCAGAGCACAUGUUUGCAUGGUGCCAGGAAUCCAAUCGUCCCAUUCCACCAUCGCAGCUCCUGCAGAACUUUCUGGCAACCAGCAGUUGUCCAGAGAUCCAGGGUUAUCUGUAUGUGAAGGAGCUGGGCCGAAAAUCCUGGAAAAAAGUUUACAUGUUCCUGCGGCGCUCAGGGCUUUACUGUUCUACAAAAGGAACCUCAAAGGAGCCCAGACAUCUCCAUUUACUUGCAGACCUUGAAGAUAGUAACAUCUUCACUGUCAUCACAGGCAAAAAGCAGCACGGUGCACCCACAGACUUUGAGUUCUGUAUCAAGCCCAAUAAAUGCAGAGGGGAACUCAAGGAUUUACGGAUUCUGUGUGCUGAAGAUGAACAAGGCAGGACAUGCUGGAUGACCGCUUUUAGAUUGUUUAAGUACGGGAUUCUAUUGUACCAGAAUUAUAAGAUUCCCCAGCAGAGAAAAACCCUGCUCUCACACUUCUCAGCACCCGUGCGAAGUGUGUCCGAGAACUCUCUGGUGGCGAUGGAUUUUUCGGGAACGAUAGGCCGCGUAAUCGACAACCCCGUGGAAGCUCAGAGCGCCGCUAUGGAAGAGGGACACGCAUGGAGGAAGAGGAAUCACCGAAUGAACAUCCUCGGCUCCCACAGUCCAUUGCAUCACUCCUCAUUGAACUCGGUCAUUCACAUGGCCCAGCUGUGGUUCCAUGGCAGAAUAACCAGAGAAGAAUCCCACCGCAUUAUCCACCAGCAGGGGCAAGUCGAUGGCUUGUUUCUGCUGCGGGUCAGCCAGAGCAACCCCAAGGCUUUUGUGCUCACAUUGUGCCAUCACCAGAAAAUCAAACAUUUCCAGAUACUACCGUGUGAAGAGGACGGCCAAGUCUUCUUUAGCCUUGACGAUGGUGCCACCAAAUUCACCGACCUGAUCCAGUUGGUGGAAUUUUAUCAGCUCAACAGAGGAGUGUUGCCUUGUAAACUCAAACACCCAUGCACCUUUGUGGCCUUAUGACACCUCCCAUCGUCCAACGCACCAACCCUGGCGCCUCGGGUCCCGAACUCCCCGUCCCCCCUUCCCAGUUUCACUUGACCUGACUCUGCCCAAAGCAGAGCGAAUGUUAAUAUUGGUUGAUUCUUCUAAGAAGUUUGUGAAUUGACUGGUGUUUCAUUGCUGGUUUUUUUGUUGUUAUUAUUAUUAUUAUAAUUAUUAUUAUUAUUGUUGAUGAAAGUCCGCCAGAUACUGCUGAUUUAUUGGAUUUCUUUUAGGGUGCAUUUGAAUGUUACAGAAUUGCACGCAGAGUUGCGUAGUCAAGAGGAGAGCAUGAACACUGCCAUUUGCGUCGAUGCUUUUUGCAAAAACUGGUCUUUGUUAAGCUGAGAACUCCGUGACCCUCCAAGAUUUGGAAUCUCGCAGCUCAAGUGAAGGCUGUCGCCCUCAUGUGGACAAUCAGCAGGACAGUGAACCCU